AUGUCCUCUCCGCAAGUAAACUUGAGAUGGUACGAUUACUUUCUGUUUUUAGUUGGAAGUAUCUUGAGCUUUGCUGAUCCAAUCACCGACAUUCUCACGCUACUCGAAUUCUACAGGGUAGGACAUAAGGUUUGGUUUGGUGUAGGUCUAUUGUUUUUUAUUUUGCCAUGUUUCGCUUUCGCCUUCCUGAUAAUGUAUUCUCGAGGAAAUUGUGGACAGGCAAUAAUCUGCGGCUUACACCCAUUUGGUGCCGCAUUUGCUAGACUACGAGGCUUUCUCCUGUUUAUGAAGCCCAACAGUGAUGACUCUGAUCAAAUACUUAACGAUAUCGAAUCCGUUACUUUCUACGAAGCAGUUCUUGAAUCCGCACCCCAGUGUACGAUCCAGCUGUACGCCAUUAGCGUUCAAGACGAGCCAGUCGCGAGUAUUCAAAUAAUUUCUCUACUAGUCUCUUUUCUAAGCCUAGCUUGGACGUUCACAAGCGCUGACAAAAUGUUGCACGGGUCCGUUAUUGCCACCCUAAGAGCAAAACAUAGAGCAGGACUUUUUGUAGUAAAUGUGCUCCACUUGAGAAGUCGCUUGCUAGCCGUCUGUAUUUUUACCGUCAAAUUCAAGUGGUGGGUUAUGGCUUUCCUUAUAUCUCAUGCUUUGGUGAUAGAGGCAGUUUCUGUUACCUGGUUGGGGCAGAAAUGCAACUGCACCUUCGAAUUCGGAAAAGCAAUCUUAACGCUUUUCAAGUUUUGCACCCACUGGUUAAGAGACGAUGUUUCAAGACACGAGGAGCUGUAUGAGUUACGACAUAGGUCACACAUGAAAGCAAUAAUCCUAGUCUCUAAUGUUCUGUAUGUGAUAGAAAACUUCGUGAUGAUCUUUUUUCACUAUCGCAACAACCACUCCAACACCUGGUUCUCGUUGCCUGCAAUCGUCGUGGUGUGCUUGUUCAGCGUGCUUGGUGCAAUUUUGAGAGUUAUUGUGUUUCGCUCUCUACUUAAAGAAAAUGCUGUCUACCCAGAAACUUUGAAUAGCGAUAAUACAGAUCGUAAUAACAAUUCAUGAAACAACUCUAUCGGUUUCUAUCAUGGCUACUAACUUGACAUUCGCUCUAAAGCUGGAUGACACCUUUAUCAGUUUAUCAGCUGAAGUCUUAGAAGACAAUCUAUAGAGUAUCUUGUUACUCAUGCAGAGGUCUACCAACCCUAACCUAUAGACAGACUCCAUGGAUUCCACUUCCCUGUCUGAAGCAACAACUUACGGAAAUUGUACCACAUUUACCUGAUGUUAUGACGUUUAGAAAAUUGAGAUAGAAUAUUUCAAAAUGAUCGGAAAAUCUAAAUCAGCAUUAACAAACUAUUAAAGGGAUUAUGUGCGAUGUACAACGGACAAAAGUUUGAGAAAUGGAAUAAAACGUAAAAAACGCAAACAAAAACAAAACAGGACAUACAUUCAAGCCACGGUUUAUUUAACUUUUCUAUCAUGAUGUGAAAUACAGUAGAAAACAGCAACAUAUAUAUAUCUAGGAAGUCUGUCUUUCGAGUUUUUCUUAGUACAGUGCUCGAUACAUAAAAGUAGAGCGGGAUAUUUGAUGAGUUAGUGAAAUAACAAGACUACACUUUGGUCCCUACAAGCCUUUUACGUGAUUACUCACUCUUCAGGGGAUUUUAAUGAUAAAAAUAUUCGUAACCAUCGUUUCUAAACUAUAACAUUUGUAUAAUAGGCGUGGUGGUAAAUUUAAAUUUAAACACCUUCUCAUGAGUUGUUACGCAGAACGCUAUGUUUCUGUGGCGGCACGAGGAAACAAGUUCGUUAUGUUUCUUGAGUGAUGACAAGUCAGUGAGGCAGAUAUUUUUCUCUGAGGCAGAGGUUGCAUCUUUCAUAACAGCUAGUUUGUAGUCAGUUCCUCUCUGUUUGCUUCCAGUAGGUUACACGUUGGUGUUCCUAGUGCUAGUCUCACCUUAAAUUGGUCUAAUUGCAGUCAGCCUUUACUAUUUUGAAAAUCACCUAGAUUUUCAGCAACGUUUAGCUUUCACUAGUUUACUGGUACUCCAGGAGAAACAAUAUGAGAAAUGUACAAUUACCAAAGCAACUAAUCAAAACAAAAGAUUCGAUUUUAAUUUAAAACCUUUAAAAUUUCUAAGAUGCAUUUACACUUUGG